CACGUCGCCACCAAAGGAUUUCAACGCUUCGCAGCGCUCCCCCCCGCCCUCACGGAAAUCUCUCACAUGGCGUCGUUUCCCGCCGCCCAUUUCAAAGACCUUCGUCGCGGGCACCCAUAGAAGAAGAACCGAAGAUAAUGAAGCCAUCGCCGUCUAGCUCUUCCUCCCCUCCGAUGGCAUUAGAAACCACCACCGACGAUCGCCUCCACCUCUCCGACGAGCUCGACGAGAACGGCUUCCCCGUCGGCCCCCUCUCCUCCUCGUCCUUCGACGACGGCGGCGGGGAGCGCCGAGACGAUCCCCAGAUCGAAACUUCGAUCGCGAGCACCAGCGAUUUCGCUUCGGAUUUCUAUCGAUGCGGGACGGAUUGGUCGUCCCUGCUGGAGGAGCCGCCGGCGGGGAAGGAGAUUAGGGGACUUGUUCAGAGAGAUCUGUUCCAGAUGUGGGGAAUCAAGAAGCCGGCGGAUGGAUGGGGAUCGGGUUCUGGGGUUUCCUAUUCGUCUCGCAAGAGGCGGCGGACGAUGAUCGGAGGUGUUGGAGGCGGGGAUUGUGUGGAUCAGGAGGUUCCUCAGCUAGAAAGGAUGGGAUUUGAUAGGGGAUCCGAUCGGCAUCCUGUCUGCCCCUUCUAUAAGAAAAUUCCAGGAACACCGUUCACAGUAGAUGCUUUUCGGUAUGGGCCAAUUGAAGGGUGCUCGGCAUAUUUUCUCAGCCACUUCCACCAUGAUCAUUAUGGUGGCCUGAGCAAGAAAUGGUCUCAUGGCCCUAUCUACUGCACUCCACUCACAGCCCGCUUAGUCAAAUUGUGUCUCUCGAUAAAUUCACUUUACAUCUGCCCUUUGGAGCUUGAUACUGAACAUGUUAUUGAGGGAACCAAAGUGACACUGUUGGAAGCCAAUCACUGCCCUGGUGCAGCGCUGAUCCAUUUUAGGCUGAGCAAUGGGCAAAUUCAUCUACAUACUGGAGAUUUUAGGGCAUGUAAACAGAUGCAGUCUUACCCUCUUCUUCUCAAUCAUCGCAUCAAUGUGCUUUACCUUGAUACAACAUAUUGCAACCCCAAGUAUAGGUUCCCACCAAAAGAAGAUGUUGUCAAUUUUAUCGUGAGGACAGCUCGUAAAUGUCUUGAAAAGCAGCCAAAAACUCUUAUUGCUGUUGGAGCUUACAGCAUAGGGAAAGAGCAUGUCUAUGUUUCGAUUUCUCAAGCUUUAGAGGUCCCAAUAUACACAGAUUCUUCAAGGAGACGGAUUUUGCAGUCAUUUGGUUGGCCUGAGCUAUCUAGAAAGCUUUGUUCAUGUGGGCAGAGCUCUCCACUGCAUGUUCUACCAAUUUCUUUCUUACGACAUGAGAACCUGUGUGAAUACUUGAAUACUUACAAGCAACAAUUUGCAGCUGUCCUGGCAUUUCGUCCUACAGGUUGGACAUACUCUGGGACUACGCUAGAUCUAAUUAAACCCAGUUCUAAAGGCAACAUCACCCUCUACGGGGUUCCUUAUAGUGAGCAUUCGAGUUUCAUAGAGCUUAGAGAUUUUGUAAAGUUCCUGAAGCCUCACAAAAUCAUUCCCACUGUCAAUGUUGGCAAUCCUACUAAUCGUGAGAAGAUGCAGGCCUAUUUCCGUGAAUGGCUGAAAGCCUAAAGAUGGAUUUAAACUUGAAAUUAUGCUCUGCUAUCAUAACAUCAUCUUGUUACGAACUGGCUAUAUUGUCAGCUGCCAAUCUUUCUUGCCGGUCAUGUCCCACUGGAACUGAAAAGCUGCCUAGUUGGUUCUGGUUGGCACAGAAAGCUUCGUGCCAAGUGAGUGUACUGCAAUAGCUGAACAUUGAUUUAAGUGAUUGUUACUAAUUUGAGUUCAGAAGUUCCUGCUUCCUGGUAUAACUUUCUUCAAUGUGUUUUGCUGAUUUAUUUGAAACGUGUUGUAUUUUGUAUUAUUAUUAUCAUUAAUCCUUGAAUUUAUAUUGCUUCAUGUCAUUAUUUUGUUAUAUCAAUGGUUAUUUGGGAUAGUUACUCCAA